CACUCGGCUUCCGGGGGAACGUACGGCUGCUGUACUCGUUCCUUGCGGGACUGGGGGUGCUGAGAAGAUCCGGGCCGGAGGGUACUUGCUUUGUGGGGUUAGGCGGCCACAGCCGCCUCUUUGGGAAAGUGCAUCGCAUUCACCGUUGCUGGAAGAGGCCCUAUUUACAACCCUGGAGCAGAGGGAGAGUGCUGCCAUGGCGGCUCCUGCGCAGCCAAAGAAAAUCGUGGCCCCCACGGUAUCCCAGAUCAACGCGGAGUUCGUGACCCAGUUAGCAUGUAAAUACUGGGCUCCCCAUAUCAAGAAAAAAUCACCUUUUGAUAUAAAGGUCAUUGAAGAUAUAUAUGAGAAAGAAAUUGUCAAAUCAAGGUUUGCCAUCAGAAAAAUAAUGCUCUUGGAGUUUAGCCAGUAUCUUGAAAAUUACCUCUGGAUGAAUUAUUCUCCAGAAGUGUCCAGCAAGGCCUAUUUAAUGUCAAUCUGUUGUAUGGUGAAUGAGAAGUUCAGAGAAAAUGUCCCUGCAUGGGAGACUUUCAAGAAGAAGCCAGACCACUUCCCAUUCUUUUUCAAGUGUAUCUUGAAAGCAGCAUUGGCUGAAACUGAUGGUGAAUUUUCACUGCAUGAACAGACAGUCUUACUGCUUUUCCUUGAUCAUUGCUUCAAUAGUUUGGAGGUAGAUUUGAUACGAAGUCAAGUACAGCAGCUUAUCUCCCUCCCAAUGUGGAUGGGCUUACAGCCUGCACGAUUGGAAUUAGAAUUAAAAAAGACACCUAAGCUAAGAAAAUUCUGGAACUUGAUUAAAAAGAAUGAUGAAAAGAUGGAUCCCGAAGCAAGAGAACAAGCCUAUCAAGAAAGAAGAUUCCUUUCGCAGCUCAUCCAGAAGUUCAUCUCUGUGCUCAAAUCUGUCCCACUUUCUGAACCUGUCACUAUGGACAAAGUUCAUUACUGUGAAAGAUUCAUUGAACUUAUGAUUGAUCUAGAGGCCCUACUCCCCACAAGGCGCUGGUUUAAUACCAUCCUGGAUGACAGCCACCUUUUGGUUCACUGUUCCCUUUCCAAUCUUGUUCAUAGGGAAGAGGAUGGCCAUCUUUUUUCCCAGCUGCUGGACAUGCUUAAGUUCUAUACUGGUUUCGAGAUUAAUGACCAGACGGGAAAUGCACUGACAGAGAAUGAGAUGACUACAAUUCACUAUGAUAGAAUUACUUCCCUGCAGAGAGCUGCUUUUGCACAUUUCCCUGAACUCUAUGAUUUUGCCCUCUCAAACGUGGCAGAAGUAGACACUCGGGAGUCCUUGGUCAAGUAUUUUGGACCUCUCAGUUCAAAUACACUCCACCAGGUGGCAUCAUACCUCUGCUUGUUACCAACUCUUCCUAAAACUGAAGAUACAACUUUUGAUAAAGAAUUUCUUCUAGAAUUGCUGGUGUCUCGUCAUGAACGUCGAAUUUCUCAGAUUCAGCAGUUGAACCAGAUGCCUUUGUAUCCAACAGAGAAAAUCAUUUGGGACGAAAAUAUUGUCCCAACCGAGUACUAUUCAGGGGAAGGUUGUCUUGCUCUUCCCAAGUUGAAUUUGCAGUUUUUGACUCUUCAUGAUUACCUCCUAAGGAACUUUAAUCUCUUCCGCUUAGAAUCAACUUAUGAAAUUCGUCAGGACAUCGAGGACAGUGUCAGCAGAAUGAAGCCGUGGCAGUCUGAGUAUGGUGGCGUAGUGUUUGGUGGUUGGGCGCGAAUGGCUCAGCCCAUUGUGGCUUUCACCGUGGUUGAGGUUGCCAAACCCAACAUAGGUGAGAACUGGCCAACCCGAGUCCGUGCAGACGUGACCAUCAAUCUCAAUGUCAGAGAUCACAUCAAAGAUGAGUGGGAAGGCCUUCGUAAGCAUGAUGUCUGCUUUUUAAUUACUGUGCGCCCCACAAAACCGUAUGGUACCAAGUUUGACCGCAGGAGACCUUUUAUUGAGCAGGUGGGCCUGGUUUACGUCCGAGGCUGUGAAAUCCAGGGCAUGCUGGACGACAAAGGACGUGUCAUUGAAGACGGGCCCGAACCCAGACCCAAUCUUAGAGGAGAGUCGAGGACAUUCAGAGUGUUUUUGGAUCCAAACCAGUACCAACAAGAUAUGACCAACACUAUUCAAAAUGGAGCAGAAGAUGUAUAUGAAACUUUCAAUGUAAUAAUGAGGAGAAAACCAAAGGAAAAUAACUUCAAGGCCGUGCUGGAGACUAUUCGGAACCUGAUGAAUACUGACUGCGUGGUACCUGCCUGGCUGCAUGACAUCAUUUUAGGUUAUGGGGAUCCAAGUAGUGCACAUUAUUCAAAGAUGCCCAAUCAGAUUGCCACCCUGGAUUUCAAUGAUACAUUUCUCUCCAUUGAACAUUUGAAGAACAGCUUUCCUGGUCAUAAUGUUAAAGUAAUUGUGGAUGACCCAGCUCUGCAGAUACCCCCUUUCAGGAUAACUUUUCCAGUAAGAAGUGGAAAGGGAAAGAAAAGGAAAGAUGUGGAUGGGGAAGAUGAAGACACUGAAGAGGCAAAAACCUUAAUAGUUGAACCUCAUGUUAUCCCUAAUCGAGGUCCUUACCCUUACAACCAGCCCAAACGUAAUACGAUUCAGUUCACUCAUACACAGAUAGAGGCCAUCCGUGCUGGAAUGCAGCCUGGGCUAACUAUGGUUGUGGGCCCACCCGGUACAGGAAAAACAGAUGUGGCAGUUCAAAUCAUAUCCAACAUAUACCACAAUUUUCCAGAACAGAGGACUCUGAUUGUUACUCAUUCCAAUCAGGCCCUGAACCAGCUGUUUGAGAAAAUCAUGGCAUUAGACAUCGAUGAGCGCCACCUGUUGCGUCUCGGCCACGGAGAGGAAGAGCUAGAGACGGAGAAAGAUUUCAGCAGGUAUGGAAGAGUUAAUUAUGUCCUGGCUCGAAGAAUAGAACUUUUAGAAGAAGUCAAACGAUUGCAGAAGAGUCUCGGGGUUCCAGGAGACGCAUCAUAUACUUGUGAAACUGCAGGUUAUUUCUUUUUAUAUCAGGUAAUGUCUCGUUGGGAGGAAUAUAUCAGCAAAGUGAAAAAUAAAAGUAACGCAUCGCCAGAUGUUACAGAAGUCUCCACUUUCUUCCCUUUUCAUGAAUAUUUUGCAAAUGCCCCUCAACCCAUUUUUAAAGGUCGAUCUUAUGAAGAAGACAUGGAAAUUGCUGAAGGAUGUUUCAGGCAUAUUAAGAAAAUCUUUACUCAGCUUGAGGAAUUCAGGGCCUCUGAACUGCUUCGAAGUGGGCUGGACAGAUCUAAAUACCUUUUGGUGAAAGAAGCCAAAAUCAUUGCCAUGACCUGUACUCAUGCUGCCUUAAAACGACAUGAUUUAGUCAAGUUAGGUUUCAAGUAUGACAACAUUUUAAUGGAGGAGGCUGCUCAGAUUCUGGAGAUCGAGACUUUUAUACCUCUUCUUCUACAGAAUCCUCAGGAUGGUUUCAGCCGACUGAAACGAUGGAUUAUGAUUGGGGAUCAUCACCAGUUACCUCCAGUCAUUAAGAACAUGGCCUUUCAAAAGUAUUCAAACAUGGAGCAAUCUCUCUUUACUCGCUUUGUCCGAAUUGGAGUUCCUACUGUGGACCUUGAUGCGCAAGGGAGAGCCAGAGCAAGCUUGUGCAACCUCUACAAUUGGCGAUACAAGAAACUAGGCAACCUUCCCCAUGUGCAGCUUUUGCCGGAGUUUAGUACAGCAAAUGCUGGCCUGCUGUAUGACUUCCAGCUCAUCAACGUCGAAGACUUCCAGGGAGUAGGAGAGUCUGAACCUAAUCCUUACUUUUAUCAGAAUCUUGGAGAGGCAGAGUAUGUAGUGGCUCUCUUCAUGUACAUGUGUUUACUUGGUUACCCUGCUGACAAGAUCAGUAUCCUAACAACUUAUAACGGGCAAAAGCAUCUUAUUCGUGACAUUAUCAAUAGACGAUGUGGGAGCAAUCCAUUGAUUGGAAGACCAAAUAAGGUGACAACUGUUGACAGAUUCCAAGGUCAACAGAAUGAUUAUAUUCUCCUUUCUCUAGUACGAACCAGGGCAGUGGGCCAUCUGAGGGAUGUUCGUCGCUUAGUGGUGGCCAUGUCUAGAGCAAGACUUGGACUUUAUAUCUUCGCCAGAGUAUCCCUUUUCCAAAACUGUUUUGAACUAACUCCAGCUUUCAGCCAGCUCACGGCCCGCCCACUUCAUUUGCAUAUAAUUCCAACAGAACCUUUCCCAACCACUAGAAAGAACGGGGAAAGACCAUCUCACGAAGUACAGAUAAUAAAGAAUAUGCCCCAAAUGGCGAACUUUGUGUACAACAUGUACAUGCAUUUGAUACAGACCACACAUCAUUACCAUCAGACUUUAUUACAGCUACCACCUGCUAUGGUAGAAGAAGGUGAAGAAGUUCAGAGUCAGGAGAUAGAAUUGGAAACGGAAGAAGAGGGCAUGCCUGCGCAAGCUGACGUACCCAGUCCAACAGAUGCCAGCUCUGGUCCAGAAACAUUCGCCUCUCCGCCUGACACCACCCCCAGUCAGCCUGACACCACCGCCGAUCAGACAGGAGCUGGUUCCAGUCCUGACAUCACCUGUGCUGCAUCUGAGGCCCCUGCUGCUGGGGCGGGACCUGAGGCUGUGCCAGCAGAGGCUAAAGGCUGUGCAGAUGCCACACCUGCCCCAGAGGAGACCAAAUAGCCAAUUGCUAGCCUUUUUGAGGGAAACAUUUCAUUUGCAAAGUCAAAGUAAAGUUACUUUUUGUAUUUUAUAUUUGCUUUUGCCAUUUUGAAGCUAAUAAUUAAUGUUCAUUCCUUAUUUUUGUUAAUUGAUCAGUGCCCUUCUUGGAUAUGUUUGUAAAAAGUAUAUGUAUAUGAACAACACCAAUUUCAUUUGUUCCUUUGGAAGGUAAAAUAAUCGUUCCUUUGAUAUUUUUCUCAUUAACUGAGUGUAUCUGUCAUCAUACCUACAUUAAAAUAACUUUUUAUAGAAUAUGUAAGGCAUACAUUACAUUUUUAGUGAACUUCAACAAGGAAACAGAUAGAACAUACUGGAAAUAAGUGCCCCUAAGCAAGUGUUGAAACUGGGGAGGAAACGGUUUCUUCUCUCAUAGUACCAGAUGCUCAAGUUGUCUUUUUUUUAACCUUUCUUUCUUGAUAUAAAGGCAUUAACAGCCAUAAGAUAUAGAUUUUCAAAUCCAUCAAAGAGAUUACAUGUAUUUCCUUCCCCAAAAUGUCAUAAUCUGUCAGAAUCACCUAGGGUGUCUCUUCUUGGGGUCACUCCAGAGCUAAUGAAUCAGAAUCUCAGGGUCAGGGCCCAGGAAUCUGUACUUCAGCAGAAGCCUAGAACGUUUGAGUUGCAGGCACAGUGGCAUCAGGUAAGGUUGGUGAGUCUGAGCCAGGAUUUGUCAUUCAGCUCAGCAAGCAGAAGCUGGCAAAUCCAUCUGGACAGGAAGAAAGAUCCAGAGUGUAGGCAAUGAGAGGCAGUGAACUUGGCUCCUGUGUGCAAGGUAGGAUUCUGCAGUACCGGCAGAGGUUCUGAGUUUUCUGCCCCGUUUAGUUCUCUUCAUAGAUAACCAGCCACAAGGAGAUACUAGGAUCUUGAUACUCAAGUGUGGUUUGCAAAUCAACAGCAUCAUUGUCCACUGAAGCUUGUUAGAAAUGCAGGCAUUUGGGUUCUACCCCAGACCUAUUGAAUUUGAAUCUGCAUUUCUGUGAAGUCCCCAGGUGAUUCCGAUAAGCACGGUGUAGUUUGAGAAGCACUGUACUGAGAUUACUGUGCUCGCCUCACAUGAAUGGUGGUAGAAUUAACUGAGUGUGACUAAUGUUUUCUGACAAAGACUUCUGCUUGUAAGGCCCCUGCACGUGGCAGUCAGAGAAAGAGGUGAAUUUGUACAUACGGGGAAGGAGGAAUUGCCUCCAGUUCCCUCUCCCCCAUUCUACCAUCUGCUGGAGCAGCAAGAGAAGCAUUUCCCCAAAGAAUCUCCUCUAGCACAUGUACCUAUGGGCUUCACCAGGUCCAAAGAACCUUUGAUGAAAUAAAAAAGAACUGCACACUGCUACUGAAAUACUUCUGAUCCUGACAUUUUGAAGGAAUGAUCAAUUUAUUAGGAAACUAAACCCAGAAAGCCAAGUCAAUGAUACAGUAUUUUUAAGUGACUAGUGUUUACUCAACCCAGCCAGGCUGUGGUGGACAUGAUUCACUCACCUUACAGUAUGUCUUGCUGCGUCAGAACCCAAGUGUAAUUGUUGGGUAAGGAAGGAAAAUCAAAGUGAUGGGAUAAUGAGGGGAGUGAAAUGCUAAGGAAACUGUACUCAGAAACCUAGGUCUGCUUGUUGUCCCAGUAGGGAUUGAGCCCGAUAGUCUGUUAUGUAAUUUCUCUGAUAAGAAUUUGAAGGCAGGUGUUGUGGGCGUCUACAUGAGCUAGCACUCACAGAAUUAUUUUCAUUUGUGAAAAUGGAGUAUCAGACUAAGCAAAAGGGAAAGAAGCUUUACUGUAUUAGUCUUUCCUAGGAAAGGUGGUUUUUUCCUCUCUGUCCUUUCGAGGGCAUGAAUCAUGAUACCUGCAACCAAAAUAAGCAAACUUUGAUGCUGCUGUCUCAUUGAGUAAACCGUUUUCUGGGUCACAUACCUUUUUCUUUGCUGCUUGAUUUCCUGUCAGACUCCAAAAAUUUUUUAAUUGGAAGAUAGUUGAGUCCUUUGCCUUUGUCAAAGAAAUGUUAAAAAGGAUUAGGUGGUAGUAAUUGAAUUAUUUUAAAUUGUUUAAUCACUGGAAAGGCCAAUGGGUUGCAGUUAACUAUAGAUUUUUUUUUUAAGGAACUUAAGAGAGCAACUCAUUUUAAAUAAUGAGGAAACAGAAUCAGACAGACGUAGCCAGGGUGACAAGUGUGGAAGAGUGGGAGAGCACCCAAGCCUACAGUCCCAGGGGACUAUUUUAUUUAUUUUUUUCAGUCACAAGCACACAAGAGUGAUUGUUUCAUAAAUUCGAGAGUUUUCUAUUUUAUUUAGGGUUAGAACAGAUACAAAUACUCUAGCCAUGUGACCAUUUCACAUUAGUGUUCCCAUUGCUCUCCCUCCUGCUUUUCGUAUCCGAAUAUGCAGUGAUUCGGAAUCUAUUUUUAAAAGCAAGCCAAAAAGAUUCAUGCAAAAAGAAAGAGUGUGAAAUGAAGCAAUUCAAGUAUUUAGACUUUUUUCACCAAAAUGCUGAGUUAAGAAAGUUUAUUACCAGCAGUGGAAAAUAAAUAGCUCCAUUGAUUUGGGCGAAUGAAUGAGAAGAUCUAAACAUCCGGUCUCUGAUAGAAGUUGGUGUGAUGAUAAAAGUUGAGAUGCUUUGCUGGAUCCUGGGAGAAAUGGGCUGUUUAUACUACCAUAGAAAAUAAAGUUGUUUAUAGUUAGGAGACAGCAUACUGUAAAGUUGACCUUGGACUCACUCAGACCUGGCUCAAAUUUUAACCUAAUUUACUCAUCAGCAUUUGGACUGACCUUGGACUGGUUUUAUAACCUAAGCCCUAGUUUUCUUUAUGUACAAAAUAAUGAAAAGAUUUGUUUGUUUUUUCAUGAGGUAAUUUGUAUGAAAAUAUCUGGCCAAGUAGGUACUCAGUAAAUAUUAGUUGCUGUGUCUCUACUUUUCCCCAAAUCUUGCAACAAUGUAGGAUUUUGCCAACCCAUCCUCUGACAUGGGUGCUAGCUGUGCCCCCUAUCUGGGGAGCAUGGAGGAUGAUGAAGAAGGGGACGGGUGGUGGCGAUUGACCUUUCAGGAUCAAGAAUCAGGUCUGCUGAUUGGGAACCUCUGACUCCGUCCGUCAUGACAGUGAGGAUGGUCUCUGCCGCAGUGAAAAUCUGGGCACUGAGAACUGUCAGUUCUGAAGACUGAUAACUUCUGUCAGUUUUGAGUCCUGUACUCUCCUGCCCCAAAUCCCCUAUAUUGUUGUAGUUACUCAGUUUUGGGCCUUGAAUGCGCUUUUCCCUGUUUAUCUUGAAGCCACUCAAAUGGUAUUUUUAGAGAUUUUUUUUCAAUUAAAAUGAAAAAAGAUUUUCAAAAAAAUGCUGACCCUUUUUCACAUGCCAGAAGAGCAAUUAAAGACAAGCAGUGCCUUGCUUCCUGAGAAAAAUACUUGGCAGUUAGCCUUUGUAUAAUUAUGAGGCAAUCAUGUUAAUAGAUGUUUAAGAAUAAUACCACUGGAGCUGUACUGAGCCAAGGAUGGAAAUGAACAGGAGACCAUAUUUCCUUCAUCCAUCGGUGCUCUUUAGUGCCUAAGAAAGAGCUUUAAUUCAGUGGGAUCCAGACACUCUGGGUGCUUUCAUUUUUCUUCCUCAGAACACACUAGAGCUCCGUCCCCGGGAGCGGGAGCAUGAUGCAGAGCACAAUGGGGUCACUUCUGACCAACACUGGUGAGUGUUGUUAAAUUAGCUCUCUCCCUUUCGGCUUCUACUUAUUGCCGUGGCUCCUUAAACUUUUGCACUUAGAUGCAAACAUGCUGAUCCCAUUAUUUCUUGAUAUAUUUCAUAGGAAACACUAAUCUUGAAACACACUCUUCAAAACCUUCUCCAUGGUCGAGUAAGCAUGGGAAACAAGUGAUUACUCCCCUUCUGUUAAAUCACUAGGUAUUGUUAGCUAAUUAAAAGUCCUGGGAUUUCUGCUAGACAAAAAUCAUGUUUAACUAUUUAACUGAGCAUUUCUCAAACUGACUUGCCCAUAGAACUUU